AUGAACAAGGCUGCUGUUACUGUGAUGAUGAUCUACGCACCUUCUAGUAGUGGGAGAACAGCCGAGUUAUUGGGUGGUGCCACUGGUUUCGUCGGCUUUAGUGCCUUACAGGAUUUGGGUUAUGUUCCUGCUGCUUCACAGGGAGUACUUACAGAUGACAGUGCUGUUUCAACUGAAUUUCGGGUUACCCUGAGGAAAAUGACCAAAAAAGAUGCUACCACAAAAAUUAAGGCAUUACAGGAGUUUGAAACCCUAUGUGGAAGUGAAGAUCUGGAAUCGGUCAAAUCAGCACUGCCAUUCUGGCCACGGAUAUACGCUAAAUUGUCAAUUGAUGCAGAAAGAAGGGUCCGAGAGGCAGCACAGGUUGCCAAUAAAGCUCUUGUAAUUCAAGUAGGAAAGCAGCUUGCUCCUCAUCUUCGUGCUGUCAUGCCUACCUGGGUGUUAGCUAUGGUGGAUCCACAUACUCCUGCUGCUCUUACAGCAUCUAAGGCUUUCCAUGAGGCAUUUUCAGUUGAGAAGAGAGCAGAGGUGUUAUUAUUUACGUGCAAAGCAGUUGUGGACCAUGUUUCUGAUAAUCUCUUCAACCAAACUCCUCAAACACUCUCAGAUCCAAAAGUAACUGCUGAAGAAGAUAUGAAGAGUAAAUACAUACGUGUUUUGUCUUGUUCUCUUAAUGGCCUGAGCCUUUUACUUUCAACCACAGUGAAGGCCACUGCUAAAAAACCUGAAGUUAUUGCUGAAGUUAAACCUGUCCUACAGAAUCCUAAGUUUUGGAAACUAGCAAAACAUGAACAUUCAUUGGUAAGCAUUUAACACAGACAAUGUUUU